AUGACUCACGUGAUGUUUACUUUCAGCCAUUGGAAACCAGUCUUGUGGGGACUCCUGGUGUUUGUUUUGGUAACCCACUCGAUCAAAACAGUGACUCGGAACUUCGAUUGGGAGUCGGAGUAUACCAUAUUUAUGGCUGGGCUCAGGGUGAACCGGCAGAACGCUAAGUUGUAUAAUAACGUGGGUCAUGCUCUUGAAAGUCAAGACAAGUUUCACGAAGCCUUGGAAUACUUCCUUAAAGCUUCUAGAGCUCAACCAGAUGACAUUGGAGCGCAUAUAAAUGUCGGAAGAACAUUCAACAACUUACAACAGUACGAUGAAGCAGAGCACGCGUUUUGGAAGGCAAAAGAUUUGUUACCUCGACCUCGAGCCGGAGAGCCUUACAAAGCAAGAAUUGCUCCCAAUCAUCUGAAUGUCUUCCUUAACCUAGCCAAUGUUAUCUCUAGAAACAAGUCUCGCUUAGAAGAAGCAGAUGCGCUCUACAGACAAGCUAUUAGCAUGAGAGCUGAUUAUAUUCAAGCCUAUAUAAACAGAGGAGAUAUUCUGAUUAAACUCAACAGAACUCAAGAGGCACAGGAAGUGUACGAGAGAGCUUUGCAGUUUGACAGCAGUAACCCAGAUAUAUACUAUAACUUAGGUGUGGUGUAUCUGGAGCAAGGAAAAGCAACUCAGGCGUUGGUUUAUUUCAAUAAGGCUCUAACGUUAGAGCCUGAGCAUGAGCAAGCUUUGAUGAAUUCGGCCAUAUUAAUCCAAGAAAUUGGGAACGCAAAACUACGAAAAGCAGCCUAUGAGAGGUUACAGUUACUUCUUCGAAAAGGAAAAAUUAACGAACGUGUGUACUUCAACCUGGGAAUGUUAUCAAUGGACGAUCAGCGAUUACUCGAAGCUGAAACCUGGUUCAAAAAAGCUAUUGAGGUAAGGGAAGAUUUCCGCAGUGCAUUGUUUAACCUGGCGCUACUGUUAUCAGACACCAACCGUCCGUUAGAGGCCGUGCCUUUUCUUAAACAACUUUUAAAGUAUCACGCGGACCACGUGAAAGGAUUGAUUCUUCUUGGGGACAUCUACAUUAACCAUGUCAGAGACUUGGAUGCAGCAGAAGAUUGCUAUAAAAGCAUCCUUGAUAUGGAGCCGACAAAUGUGCAAGCAGUACACAAUCUGUGUGUAGUGCAUGUUGAACGAGGACAUUUACAGAAGGGAGAACAGUGUUUGGUAAAAGCUGCAGAACUAGCGCCUAAGGAGGAGUACAUACAGCAUCAUCUUCAGAUUAUUCGCUCACGUUUACAAAAACUUCAGGCAAAAACGUCCACACAAAUCCAGCAUGAACAGUCAAGCUCUUCUGUUCACGAGACAGCUGGGCAAACAAAUCUGAAACAUGAUUCCAGAAGUAAAACAAAAAACAAUGACCAGGAUUCGUUAUCUCCUAAAAAUUCAAAUGUUGAUAGCUCACGCCACAGGCAGCAGUCUACACAGAAGUAAAGGGUGAAGGUAACUGAGGAACGGACAAUGAUUUCAUUGAGUCAUUCCUGCUUGGAAAGUUGGUGCUUUAGGACUUAUCUGUAAAAGAGUAUUACAUGUCCUUUGUAUAUACGGUGGUAAGACAGCUUUAUAUGUUUGUUCCAUUAAAAACAAAUCUAGUUUUGACAAAAGCAAAGAUAUUAUAUUAGCUACGAGCUAACAGAUGAAAAUUAUUUUGUGUACAAAAAAUAUAAAAUCAAAACACUACUGCAGUAACGAUUGAGACAAGUGUUUUCUGUUGGAAGUAUUGACGGGCACAGUUGUUCAAAACAUAUCAAUACCUAUGAAUAUUAAACCCGUGUAAGUACGCCUGAAUAUUUUGUUAAACUUAACCUAACUCUAAUGGAAUUUUAAAGCUUCAUGAAAAAGGAAACCUUCCAUUCUGAUGAAGAAAUAUAAUAAUUUUUUUGACUGAGCUUUUUUCACCUGUUAUUAAUUUUUCAUAAUGUUUAAGCGUAACAUCGGUUAUGUUUUAAUUGCGUGGCUCAAACGUAAAACUAAAAAUUUACUUAUUCAAACAAAUUAAUUAUCAAAUAGCUCCCAUAGUAGGCUCUGGUGUACUUAAACAUCUUAUGAUUAUACAAUUAGUUUACUAAUAUUUCAAGUGGAUUUGAUGCCCAGUCUUGAAACGUUUAGUUUCUUAUUGUAUAGAUAACAAGAAUGUAGUUAAUGAUGUAAGAAAUUAAGCUGGAUGUUUACAUCGUUAAUCAGCUCUUACGGUUUUUGUAAGUUAUUGGCUAUGGAGGGGAGGGUAGCUUCUUACCACUACACAUUAUUACAGGCAAGACAAGGAUUUGAUUUUAUUAAACAUGAGCCUGCAUGUGCGUCAUAACUGUAAGAAUUUCCAAUGUUCGAUUUUAAAUUAUUUUAUUUCUUCGAGUAAAUGAAUUUUUUGACGUCCUAACAGCGUUGGCAGAUUCAUAAAAUUGUGUCUUUUAGAAAGUAAAUUUAAUAAGUUUAAUAUGAUAUAUUUUUUUAAUUUAUCAUUCCCAGCUGAGGCGUAUAAUUAGGCUUUGCGAGAUCGAUUUUCUUGACUUAAAUCACUAAAUUUUGAACAGCAAUUUCGGAAAUCCACUGAUGACUCAUUUUGAGUUAUUGUAACCGGUUACAAAACCAGAGAGCUUUUCCAAGACAACUUUUAAAUUAAGGAGUUACAAUCAAAUUGUAGGUUAAUAGAAGAAAAACGUUCCAUUGAAGAAAACUUUUAAACUUUGAUAAAUUAAGUAAGUGUUUCCUCCAUAUAAUUUGUACUAUUUAAUUUCUUCAAGAAUAGCUAGAGAGAAUAAUGUAUUUUCAUAAGUAAGAAAAUUAUUACCAGUACGCAUUUCUGACUAAGAGUGAGCUAAGAUACAAAAUAAUACUAGACUAAAACUUGAAAAGGCAAUAAUGCGAGCUUUCUAAUAAGGCCGGGCUUGUUCUAGUGGCUUGCGUGCCUGGACUGUAAGUCCGAGGAUUUAUGAUUCACUUCUCGUUGUCGCAAAAUCUCGUUCCUCACUUUGGGGAGGUGGGUUUUGUGUAAGAGAGAGAGAGAGAGAUAAAAAAUGCCGCUGUUUGACCAGACAAAAGUAACUAAGAACUGAUGAUUGGAACUGUUGAGUAACUGCCAUCCAUUUAGUAUAUCAGAUCAAAAUUAGGGACGGCUAUGUGCAAAUUGUCAUUGUGUAGUUUCGCGUGAAAUUCUGAAAUAAACCAUUAUUAGAGUUAGGGUUUCCAGUUAUUGCCGUUUCAAGGUUUUGAUCAGUAGUUAUUUCGUCCACAUUUCGUUAUUUCGUUGUUAUACAUAUUAUGUGAUACUCUGAUAAUGCAAAGUUACUGACGUUGGGACAGAAAAAAAAAUACGAACUGGGUAUAAGAAAAAAGGGGGAAAAAAACACUAG